UGAAACAAGGUGAACUUUCUGUAAAAGAAAAAGCAUUGUUUCCUCACAUUUAUGCUUUAAAUCUCAUUGUACCAUGUAAGUAAUCACAAUUGUCUUUUUUUCAUUUUAAUUACGAGCUUUGUAUCUUUUUGAAAAUAAAUUCUGUAAUGAAGAUAACCAUACGUUGCAAGUCAAACUUCUUUCUCUUGUCCAUCAUUUUGAAACUGUUGCACAGUUUUACCAUCAAAUUCAGUAACAUUAUAGUCAUUGUAGUAAAUUAUAUUUUAUAUUUUCAAACCAUUUUUAAUGUUUGUUAAUUAUUUAUCGUGUGAUAUGUUAUGUUCAUCACCUCCCCAGCAGCUGGAAUCAACAGCCCAUGUUGAACUGAAUAUGUAAAUUCAAAAAUGUUACAGUUGGUUAGUUGUUGAGUCUAUUAAUAAUAGAGAACUAGAACUAAAACCUUAAGCAAAGUUAUGAGAAGCCUGAUAGCCUGUGUUAACUGAUAUGAGAUAUUCAAAUGGGCACUCUGUUUCUCUUACUGGCAUGACCCCACCUCACACCUGGCGUCUGUGAUGCACCGUUGCUCUCUGCAUUGUUUCACUUCUGUGUUUUGGCACUUUUUUGGGUCCUGAGUGUUGCUCAAUGCUUCCGCUCGCUGCUCGCUCUGAUCGCUCUGGCCUGUCACGCUGCAACAUCUGUGCAACAGACUUCUCAAUUCAACUCCACCAGAAUCUGUUAAACCACAACUCUGCCAUCUAGCCUAAAUACAAAGACUUUACACUUUGCAUUGAGACAACACAGCUGGCUAAUUGACAGAAAUGUGAAGUCCUGCAGGUUGUCUCUCCAAACAUCACAUUACACCCUGUCUGGUACGGAGAACUUGGGACCUCGCCCGUCAGACUCAUCUGCACCCUAAGUGACUUCUUCCCAGAAACACUGAGUGUUAACUGGCAACGGGACAACCAACCUUUCAACAUUGAGCCGAUCCAAAGGAAGCUGCAGGUUUUGGAAAUGCAGGAGAAAAUCUUCGGUCUUACCAGUGAGAUUGAGCCAAAUAUGACAGAGUGGAAAGCUGGUUCAAAUUUUACUUGCAAGGCCACUCACAACAACAAUGAGUUUACAAAGAUAAUAAGUAUUUGUCAAAUCUAUACAUGCACCCCUCCUUCCAUUCAUAUCGAGAUUCCAAGCUUCAUGACGGUAAUGAUGGCAACAUCUAAUGUGACGGCAACAUGUUCAGUACACACUGUGUUUGAUGCCAAGGUGACCUGGCAGAUGGAUGGGAGAGUCCCACCCAGUAACAAAGUGAGGCAGAAUAGAAAUGAGACUCAUUUAAUAGGCACCCUGACAGUUUCCUCAAGAGAGUGGAAGCAGCUGAGGCUUAUUAAAUGUGAAGUGGAACAUCGUUGCCUGUCAUCCGCUGAGAAGUCCAUACACUUGUCAGAGCCUGCAGCCACAGCUCCAUCAGUGGAGAUCAGGAGAUCUCUGCCAGAAUUACUGAAGGGAAACAGUGCUGUGCUGGAGUGUGACGUCACACAACUCUCCUCCAGUGAUCUGUACAUCACGUUUCAGGCAGACAGUGACAAUAUUUCUAAGAAUCUGUAUGUUGACCUUCCUGAAACCCCAGGCCUCCACUCAAUCACUAGACGCGUCACCAUCCCUUCAAACUACUGGACUAAUGACACAAGUUUCACCUGCACAGUGAAUCAAGGCUUCACUCACAAAUUUACGUCAAAUUCUACAGGGAGUUUUUUUGUCGACCCAUCAGUGGAGCUGCUUCUAGUCCCCGGUGAUGUGUCAGGACUACAGAGACUCUUAUGCUCUGGAUGGGGCUUCAACCCUCAAAUCAAAUGGUUUUCUGAGUCAACGCAAAGAUCUUCUUCAAGCAGUGACAUCAGCAUGGAUGCAGAUGGACGUGUGGCAGUAACCAGUCAACUUCAGAUCCCUCAGACAGAGUGGAAGACAGGGAAGGUCUUCACUUGUGAAGUGUCUGACAAAUCUCUGAACAAACAGGUCAGACAGAACAUCAGCCUCUGCUCAGCUUGUUCAAGCAUCCCUCCUUCCAUUACUGUGGAGAUUCCCAGCUUCAAGACAGUCAUGAUGUCAACAUCUGAGGUGCAAGCAACAUGUUUGGUCCGCACUGCUUUUGAUGCCAAGGUGACCUGGCUGAUGGAUGGGAGAGUCUCACCCAGUAACACAGUCAGACAGGACUUAAACACGACUCAUAUAUUCAGUACUGUGAGAGUUUCUUCCAGUCAGUGGAAACAACUGAAGCACAUAACAUGCAGAGCAGAACACGCCUGCUUCUCAUUAGCUGAGAAGACCAUCAGUGUUGCAGCGCCUGCAGCCACAGCUCCAUCAGUGGAGAUCAGGAGAUCUCUGCCAGAAUUACUGAAGGGAAACAGUGCUGUGCUGGAGUGUGACGUCACACAACUCUCCUCCAGUGAUCUGUAUGUUACCUUUCAAGCCAACAGCGUCGACAUCCCUGGAAAACAGUAUGUUGACCUUCAUGAAGCCUCAGGUGUCCAUUCAAUCACUAGACGCUUCACUGUCCCUCAAACACACUGGAAGAAAGACACAAGGUUCACCUGCACAGUGAAUCAAGGCUACUCCAGCAACUUUGUGUCACACUCCACAGGCAAUAUUUUUGUCGACCCAUCAGUGGAGCUGCUUCUAGUCCCCAGUAAUGUGUCAGGACUACAGAGACUCUCGUGCUCUGGAUGGGGCUUCAACCCUCAAAUCAAAUGGUUUUCUGAGUCAACGCAAAGAUCUUCUUCAAGCAGUGACAUCAGCAUGGAUGCAGAUGGACGUGUGGCAGUAACCAGUCAACUUCAGAUCCGUCAGACAGAGUGGAAGACAGGGAAGGUCUUCACUUGUGAAGUAUCUGACAAAUCUCUGAACAAACAGGUCAGACAGAACAUCAGCCUCUGCUCAGCUUGUUCAAGCAUCCCUCCUUCCAUUACUGUGGAGAUUCCCAGCUUCAAGACAGUCAUGAUGUCAACAUCUGAGGUGCAAGCAACAUGUUUGGUCCACACUGCUUUUGAUGCCAAGGUGACCUGGCUGAUGGAUGGGAGAGUCUCACCCAGUAACACAGUCAGACAGGACUUAAACACGACUCAUAUAUUCAGUACUGUGAGAGUUUCUUCCAGUCAGUGGAAACAACUGAAGCACAUAACAUGCAGAGCAGAACACGCCUGCUUCUCAUUAGCUGAGAAGACCAUCAGUGUUGCAGCGCCUGCAGCCACAGCUCCAUCAGUGGAGAUCAGGAGAUCUCUGCCAGAAUUACUGAAGGGAAACAGUGCUGUGCUGGAGUGUGACGUCACACAACUCUCCUCCAGUGAUCUGUAUGUUACCUUUCAAGCCAACAGCGUCGACAUCCCUGGAAAACAGUAUGUUGACCUUCAUGAAGCCUCAGGUGUCCAUUCAAUCACUAGACGCUUCACUGUCCCUCAAACACACUGGAAGAAAGACACAAGGUUCACCUGCACAGUGAAUCAAGGCUACUCCAGCAACUUUGUGUCACACUCCACAGGCAAUAUUUUUGUCGACCCAUCAGUGGAGCUGCUUCUAGUCCCCAGUAAUGUGUCAGGACUACAGAGACUCUCGUGCUCUGGAUGGGGCUUCAACCCUCAAAUCAAAUGGUUUUCUGAGUCAACGCAAAGAUCUUCUUCAAACAGUGACAUCAGCAUGGAUGCAGAUGGACGUGUGGCAGUAACAAGUCAACUUCAGAUCCGUCAGACAGAGUGGAAGACAGGGAAGGUCUUCACUUGUGAAGUGUCUGACAAAUCUCUGAACAAACAGGUCAGACAGAACAUCAGCGUCUGCUCAGUGACUCCAGCAUCAUCUCAGAUAGUCAGUGUAUAUGUUGAGGGACCACCACUCCAUCAACUUCAGAACGGGGGUCAGGUGACUGUCACCUGUCUUCUGGUCGGCCCUUCUCUUAAUGAUUUCUCUAUCACCUGGAAAGUAGGGGGGGAAGAAUAUUCCCCUGUUUUCCAUACAGGGCCACCAGUGAGUCACAGCAAUGGGACAGAGACUCUGAGGAGUUCCCUCAAUGUGUCAGCUGAGGAUUGGCAUGCAUAUAAACAAGUGUCUUGUGAGGGAAAGCACCGGUGUUCCAGCCAGGGCUUCAAGCGCCACAUAAGCAAAAGCAGAGACCUGUAUCCACCAACAGUGAAGAUAAUGCAACCGACUGCCUCUGAGCUGUCUGCAUCAGACGUCCUCACGCUUACCUGCCUAGUUUCUGGAUUUUUCCCAUCUAACGUCGUAGUUUACUGGGAAGAGAACGGCCAGACGCUCCCGUCAACUCACUACACCAACAGUCCUGCGUGGAAAUACACAGGGGGCAGCACUUAUUCAAUGAGCAGCAGAUUGAACACCUCCAAAGCUGAAGACACAGAGUCUACAUAUACAUGUGUUGUCAAACAUGAGUCAUCUCCCACACCUUUUGAAAGCACCAUAGAGGAUGUGUACGCCGAAGUGACCUACAGCAAACCUUCAGCCACCCUGCUCCAGGGCUCCAGAGAAAUCGUGUGCCUGGUCUCUGGCUUCAGCCCUGCGCGCAUAAACAUCACUUGGCUUCAUGAUGACUCCCAAGAUCAGUUGGACUACAACACUAGUGAACCCCACAGAGGCCCAAAAGGAAAGUUCAGCGUCCAAAGCCACCUCAGUCUGACCGGAGUCAACUGGUUGCCUGGAUCAGUCCUCAUCUGCAGGGUGACACAUGCCAACACCACCCUGUCCCUGAAUAUAACUAAAACAGACAACUUGGAGCACUGUGAUUUCUUUGAUGACAACACAGAGGCUGAUGUGAACCAAGACAUGGACGUGGAAAGCUGGUAUAUGGCUUUUACCUUCCUCCUGUUUUUCCUCAUCGCCACCAUCUAUGGUGUCAUUGCUACUAUAAUCAAGACUAAAUGAUGACGAUAACAGGACAGGUCCGCGUGUGGCCUUGUCUGAAGGAUUUUUUGAUGGCAUAUGGCCUUAGUACUUUUAAAGUGUCAUACUUCUUUGUUUCAUUUCUAAUAUUUCAGCAAUGUAACUCACAACACUGUGCUCACUCUUCCAUUUACAAAUAAAGAUUUAAAUAUGCAAAAUAUGGUCAUGACCUGCCUC